AUGGGUAAUAAAAGUACCAAGAUAACAACACAGGAUCGUGCCAUACUCGAUCUAAAAGUUCAACGAGACAAAUUAAAACAAUAUCAGAAAAAGAUUAAAGUAGUUGCAGAUAAAGAAACUGAAAUAGCAAAGAAAGCAUUAAGUCAAGGAAACAAACGAACAGCUUUAUUAGCUUUAAGAAAGAAGAAAUAUCAACAACAAUUAUUAGAGAAAACUGAUACACAAUUAUUUAAUUUAGAAGAAUUGACACAAUCUAUAGAGUUUGCAUUGGUGGAAAAAGAUGUUUUUGCAGGAUUAGAAAAAGGGAAUUCAAUAUUAAAAGAAAUUCACAAAGAAAUUUCAAUUGAAAAAGUAGAAAAAUUAAUGGAAGAGACUGAAGAUGCUAUAUCAUAUCAAAAUUUUGAAAGCAAAUUUUCCAAAGUUCCUGAUACUCAACUUCCUACAGUUGAAGAAAAUCUUGUUGUUGAUCAAGAAGAACAAUUAGAAACAAAAUUAAAACCUGAAAAAGCAAAAUCUAAAAAGAAACUGGAAACUCCCUUAGAGGCAGCUUAA